AUGAUGAUGAUUUACUUUGCUAUUUUUACUUUAUUGCUUACAUCGAGAAUUUCACCUUUGCCUGCACCAGCUAUUGUUUAUUCAGCUGUUAUCUAUAAUGCACAAAGGUCAACAAUUCACUGUACUGUAUUUCGGUCUCAACCAUCAGGACCUAAAUUAAGUUCUGGCACAUAUACUAUUAAGAAAAACGAAUAUGAGUUAAUAAAAGAAGUAACCUAUAAUAUGGGAACAUGGACACAAGCUGCAAUAAUAGAGAAAAUUCAAUGUGGACAUUUAGUGGUGAACGCUCCAUUUAAUAAUGUUAUAUCACCGGUUCAAAAUUGGGAAUUUCGUGUUGAAAAAAACAAAAUUGUAUCGGUCGGACUAAGUUCACAUAAUACUAAUAAUUAA